AUGUUCAUUGCCUUGGCCGCUGAAUUCAUUGACGACGACCACCCUCCGCCCUCCACUAUUCUGCGCCAAGGUGAAAAUUCUGGCCCCUUUUGGAGUAUCAGGAAGGGCGAAGGAGCCUUUCCUUUCGAUGUUAACCUUCCUCUCGAUGUCGGCCCUGGGACUUUCGACUCGGGGACUGCCCGCAUUCGAUAUGUCAUAUACGGAACCAUUUUGUUUAAAAUUGGAGACAAGAAAUUCUUGGUUCGAUGUUGCCGAGAUGUUGCGGUGGCCCCCUCUCUCGGCGAAUUUCGCAAAACCGUGACGGACUUCGAUCGUGAGGUCAAAGUUUUCGAGGAGAGAAAUUUUGUCCCGGAGGGGUCUCUGAAGCUUACAGCUAACCUAAGCCGCCCUUACUGGUUCAGUGGCGGAUCUGCUUUUGUUGAUGUUCUGGUUGAGAAUGAAACACAGUUCCGCAUUAAAACUAUCCGGGUUAGAUUGGUUCGACGCAUAGAUGUUUACCCUAAAGACCCAAAGGACCAUCCGACACCCGCGACGCUGACAAAAACAAUGGCAAGAUCAGAGCUCAAUGCCGGCAGUCGUUGGACUGGCCUAACUUUCAACAAGCAAGAUGCAGUGACAUGUGAAAUCGAUAUCCCCAAAGGACAGCUAACGAUCCCCUUAGGCAAGUUGAAGUUGGCAUCCGUAAAACGUGGCCAUGCGAAAAACCCUCAUCGUCGCAAAGUCAAGGCGGUCCUUCCAAUUCGAGUAUUGCAUAAAGAUUCUAUCCAUGAAGCAUUAAUGUCCGGUAUCGGGAAUAAACCAAGCUUUGCAAGCUUUUCCGCCAUGCGACGUUCGCUUCCAUUUGCACCUCAACGUCUUUCGACAUCAACAUCAACAAAUGGCACCGUAGUCCGCCGCCGUUACACAGAUUCCGACUUGUCACAGGUUGAACCCAUCCCGAUUACCGAGGCUGGUCAUCAACCGACAAAUCAUGUGACCUCUGGAACAGCGACUCCUCCAAAGGUGGAUAAACAUAAGAAGAGGGAGGAUGUUGAAGGGGCAAAUCCGGAUGACUCGCAAGCUUCCAGUAGCCGACACUUUUACUCGUUCACCUCGCAUAUUCCAUCGGUCCGGAGCUACUUUUCGAAGGCAUAG